AUGCCCGGCACGCAUUUGUUGCCGCCGAACUUGCUUAAGCUUUUCGCUCCACGUCCGCCGCUCCCCUAUACACGACCACUCGACAAGGACAUCGACCGCGUCAGGAAGAAGGAUGUUGAUGGUGUUGGUGCCCUCCUCGCCCGUCUUCGUGAAGACAAGACGCAGGACUUGAUGAAAUCUGGCGGGGUUGAAGGCAUGGAAGAAGGGGAGGAGCCUUCCUUCACGCACGCAGAAGAAACGAAGCGAGCCAUUCGCAGAGAGGAGAGGAAGGCCAAGAAAACAGAGGAGUUCAACAAGGCCAAGGAGACUUAUAAACCGUCCGAGGAUGCCGAGGCUGUUGGCGAUCCGUACAAGACUCUUUUCAUUGCCCGUUUGCACAAAAGCGCCACGGACAACGAUCUCCGGCGCGAAUUCGAAGGGUUUGGUAGUAUUGAACGGGUAAGAAUCGUUCGCGACAAAAAAGGACGUAGCAGAGGGUACGCGUUCAUCGUGUUCGAGCGCGAGCGCGACAUGAAAGGUACAUGUUUUGUUCGUUACGCAGAGCGGUCUAACCUAGCAGGACCCUCAAAUCCUAUUUGA